CUGGCUUUCUUUUACAAUAUUCCAAAGAUGAUUGAUGAUGGAAUCAUUGACAGUAAUGGGACUCCGUUCAAGAAACGAAUGAUUCAGUUUGCACCCAACAUGCCUGAAAUCAACAGUACAAACUUUAUUUGGGCAAACAUUGGUGGCGGCGUAGCCCAAAAGAUACUCUUUGACUAUUUAUGGAAGACCACAGAAGCUGUGAAAGUUGCAGAUACCCUUAUUGGCAACUCAACCUGUGGCUUUGAACCUGGAGCAUUCAACUUGGUUCCAAAUAUGCUUCCAAUAGGACCUCUUUUGGCGAGCAACCGACAAGGAAAUUCAACAGGAUACUUCUGGUAAGAAGACUCAGCAUGCUUGGAAUGGCUUGAUCAACAACAGCCUAACUCAGUCAUUUAUGUUGCAUUUGGCAGCUUCACAGUUAUAGACAAGAUCCAAUUCCAAGAGUUGGUACUAGGACUUGAACUCUCCAACAAGCCAUUCCUGUGGGUUGUUAGGCCAGACAUUACUGAUGGUGCCAAUGAAGCCUUCCCAGAUGGGUUUGAAGAAAGGGUAGCCAACCGUGGGAAAAUGGUGGGUUGGGCGCCGCAACAGAAGGUUUUGAGUCACCCUUCCAUUGCCUGCUUCUUUAGCCAUUGCGGUUGGAAUUCAACCAUGGAAGGUUUAAACAAUGGGCUUCCUUUCUUAUGUUGGCCAUACUUUUGCUGACCAGUUCAUCGACGAGAGCUACAUUUGUGAUCUUUGGUAGGUGGGAUUGCGGUUUAAAAGAGACGAAAGUGGAAUCAUUACAAGAGAAGAAGUUAAAAGCAAGAUAGAUCAAGUGGUUGGUGAUGAAAAAUUUAAAGAAAGAGCUUUAGCACUCAAGAAAACUGCCAUAGAACCUAUUUUCAUGCUCACCCCUAAUAAUAUUCAUAUUCUCUAACAAUUGCUUGCAAGAAAGAAAAAUGAACAGUUCAUUCCCCAACAGUUCAGCUUGCUUUCGCAAAAAUUUAAAUUUGAAUGAAUAAACCUUAUCUAUCUUUGACCUCAUUUUUCACCUCCCUCCU